CCGUGCGCGGCCACACCUGCAUUCAUCGGGGAAAGUCCGUCCGGUGGAGAGGCAGAGAGACCUAAAGGCUUCAGAGGAGCGGAGCACCUUCAGCAGCUCCCAUCGCAUUAAUCUGGACACUUUGAUCCGAAAAGGGAUAAGGCAUGAAGGCGUGCGAUGGUUGGUGGUACUGAGACUUUGCAACCGUGGAGGACACAGCUGGAAAAUUUGGAUUAAAGACGAAAUAGACGAUUCGGAAAAGAAGAGACCGAGUGGCAGCAGCUGAGCGCACAGAUCAGAGUCCGUUUCACAGCGCAAUCUGGGACCACCAUUUUGGAUUCACGGCCAAAGAUUUCUCGAGGUGACGGCUGCCGCCCUGCAAAACCAGACUGGAAAUUCUGUGGAUAUUUGGAUUCUUUGCUUUGGAUGUGGAAGCUGUUAGGAUGAUUUGGAUUCACCUCUGUAUCCAGUUAGUUAUACUGACUAACUGACUGAGUUAGCUAUACUGACUAACUGACUAAGACUAAUGAGCUAUACGAAUUUUCAUUCACACAGGACCAAGAUACCUAAACUGUUGUGGAACCUUUGAGUAGAGGCCACAGCGGAUACAACUACAAUGCACUGAGCUCAGUCAAGUGUUUUGGUACAUUUUGUGUAUUGCAUUCACUUCCGACAACUCAAGCCACCUUUAAGAUUAUCAGGAUAAUAUACGUAGCAACCCUAUAAAACUGUAGUUUUCUGCUGGUCCUGAUAAAACUAUGUUGGCUGUUUGUGAAUGAAAUAAGGACCGAAAGCAUUAUUUGGUGGAUUCUGUUUUCUAUGUUGUGGUGGUGGCCUUAUUCAGCAGGCUGGGAGUGGCAUCAGGAUGCCUGAACUGGACAACUUUGCCCCCCUGAGGGGUCAUAGAGGUCCCGAUCUGAGCUUAAAUGGUCCAGCAGACCCACUUCGGAUUCAGCACAGCAUCCUGGAAGAGCAGGUGGAGCUGUGGUGGUUCAGAGAUCCUGGGAAGUCUCUGCUCUGCUACUGCGUGGCUGUUCUUCUAAUCGUGGGCUGCGGGCUGGGCGGCGUCGGCCUUCUCUCCACCACCACCAGCGUCUCGAGCGAAUGGCGGCUGGGCGCAGGCACGGCCCUCUGUCUGCUGGCCCUGGGGGUCCUGCUCAAACAACUGCUCAGCUCGGCUGUGCAGGACAUGAAUUGCGUUCGAAGUCGACAGCGCAUCAACAUGCUAAAAAGUGGUGGUUUGUCGGACGUCCUUGUGGUUUUGAUUACAGGGCUGUCAUUGUUGAUUUGUGGAGGGGUUCUACUAUACCUGGCCCUGGCUAACCACAUGCCGAAGCCUGGCCAAGCCCUUAAUGACAUGUACAUCUCUGGAGUGGUUUUGCUAGCUGGAGGGGGGGCUGCGGUGGUGGGUGUUGGGAUAUACUCCUUUUCGGUCGUCCUGCUUGAGAGGACAAGGCACGGACGACGGUUGCUGGACCAGGUUUUGAAUAUCUUCACUGUUUCUGGACACAUGGACCGCCAGGCCCGCAGAGAGACUACCUCCAGUCUGGCUAAUCUCAUAUGAGAAGUAACCACACUACGACUGUGUAUUUUAGCCCCUUGCUCUUCAUGUCAGAACAUUUAACCUCGAAUAAAAUAAGAGCUUUAUGUCCAAAUAUCACAAGAAAUCAGU